AUGUUGAAUCUGUUACCACUGAGGAAUCCAGCACAUUCGUUGCUGUACGGUAAGACGGGACUCCAAAGAAUAAGAGUAGGUAAACAUCGCAAAGUAAUAGAGGUGGACACCAAGUCAAUAGAGGAAAUAUACAAACACACACGCGAGGACGUCACCCUGCACAAUAACUUCGUGCCACUCAAACACAGGAAUUUCAUGGAAUACAAACUCGUCGCUUAUCAACUAAUAGAGGCCUUUGAAAACCCAGAUAAGAGCUUUAAGACCACCCUUUCAGGAAUCGCCUUCUUCGAUAGACUGAGUCAGCUGUAUUCGAACAAAAUGAGACAGACUGAAGUUGACGCAGUCCUGAAUACCAAGGACACGUCUCUGUCGUUUCCAAUCCAGGGGAAGAACCUAUGA